UCGUUCUUUUCGUAGCAUCUAUGGAGAUCAAGUUGUCAAGGAUUUGUGUCAGAUAAACGACGGGGUUGUGAAAUUUGACAGGAAGUGGAAGUGAAGAUGUCUUUCGGGGUGAAUUUGGAUGCCUCCAUGGACUCCAUGGAGGAGACCCGCUUCAAGAAGAAACACUCGGAUCUUAUCAUCAAGUUGGUCAAGAAAUUACACUUUACGUACACGGAAUUAGAGUGUAUUUUUAUUAUUUAUUACAAACUCCAGAAGGACAAUACUGAUAAGAACGCGACUGGGAUAUCAAAGAACCAAUUGAGGGAUGUUCUUCAUAGUGGGUUGGAUAUGACAGACGAUGCUCUUAUGGAUAGGAUAUUCGCGGUUUUUGAGAAGGGUCCGGGUACUACCGUGUCUAUGGAAACUUGGGCGACGGCGUUGUCUUUAUGGCUCAGGGGUACUCUUGAGGAAAAAAUUGACUACUGCUUUUCAGUUUAUGACCUUUUGGGUGAUGGUCUCAUAGGACGCGAAACAAUGUUCUAUUUUCUUAGAACAUCUUUGAUAAGUCAGAGCAGUGAAGAUGAUGCUGAAGAGUCAGUGAAAGACAUGAUAGAAGUGAUCACAAAAAAAAUGGAUGUGGAUAGAGACGGAAAAAUUUCCUACAACGACUAUAAAGUCACCGUUUUGCAGCAACCAAUGAUGUUGGAAGCUUUAGGUCAAUGUCUACCAACCAGAGAGGCCAUACACACAUUCAUAACAACAUUCACACCCAGAAUUGGAAAAAUGUAAAAAUAUAGACCUCUUGUUCCUGGA